CUAAGAAUGCACAGGAAUUCAACAACACUGUCGACACCAGAAACCUACUGGGGUCAAUUCGAGGAAAUUUCCAAGUAUAACACCCACCUCAACGUUGUCGAAAGACUCUGGACAGCAUGGUACGCCUGGAUGCAGAACGAUGUUCUGGCGACAGGUAUCAUGUCAUUCAUGAUGCACGAACUUAUCUACUUUGGACGCUCUUUGCCCUGGAUCUUCAUAGACAGCCUGGGUUUCUUUAAAAACUAUAAGAUUCAAAGUAACAAAGUCCCGUCGUUGCGCGAGCAAUGGGACUGUGCGAAGUUCGUGCUUCUAAGCCAUUUUACCGUUGAAUUGCCUCAGAUCUGGUAA